UGUGAGUAUUUGAUUGUUUGUCGAACAACGAGUAGUCGCGUACUGAAACAGUUUUUCUCACAAUAAUUUAUGUCCCUAUAUAAUAAUAACAUUUAAAUGUGACAUUUCAGAAUGAUUAAAGGUAGUAAACGUUUUAAUGAACUAAUGGCACAUGCGCAAUAUUUUAUUACGAACGAAUGGACCUUCCAUAGAGAUAACGUUAGGAAGAUGAUGAUUGAUGUGAAGACGUUGAAAGACAGUGAGAUUGUGAAAUUAAAUCGUGAUGUAGAUUGGAAAAGAUAUAUUGCGAUUUACAUGACGGGAAUUGAGAAAUUUAUUCUGAAAGAAAAGUUUAAAUCUAUAGAUGCAUCUGACAAGGUCGCGACUGAUCAGUUAACCACGCGCAGAUCAAUGUUAAGGAGGGGCAGAGGACGGAAAACAGGAAACGUGUCAUAUGUCAAUAGAAUCUAUUUCCUUCAAAGUUUGUCGUUAGAAAGUGCAGUUUGCUUGCAAAAUAAAUUCAGUUCCAAAGAUAUUCGGUGAACUUUGAUUUUCUCAUCGUUAGAUACAAAUUAAUUUCUUAUCAAUAAAUUAUUUGAAUUCAUUUACAUAUAUAGCAGAACAGAAAAUUGUAAAUAUCAAUUGAAUACAAGCAUAAUAAAUUAAAAAAUAAUAAAAAGACACAAUCAUCAGUAGUGCACUUCAUAAAAAAGAGAGUUACUGUUGUAUUGGCGAAUCUAUAAAUAUAUAGUUGCGUGAUUUAUUUCAGGCAAUUGCUUAUUGAUUAAUAAAUAUGACUGCAUUCUUUCAAUCUGACCAAGCUUCCUAAGUCAAAGUCAAAUCAACAAAAAUCCAAAGCUCUCAAUCAAUAUUCACUUGAAUAUCAAAUUUAGCCAAAUAUAUAAUUUAGCCUUCUAAAUAAUUUUUUCACAAGGUGGAUUCAUCUAGAACAUUAUGUUUGAUAUAUUCAUUCAAUAAAUCUCUCCAUAAUUUAUUAUUCAAAUAUCAUUGAAACAUGUUAACUGCUUGAAACAUAUUCAACAAUUUAAAAAAAUAUUUUUCCUUGAAAAAGAAAAUCUGGUUUCAGCCUGUAGAUCGCUGCAACAAAAGUAAUUUUCAUUUCUAUUGAGUGUCUCUGUACGUACAUCAUAUGUACAUACACAAAUAUUUUGUCACAUUUAAUUUCUAAUCGCAUUCUCUACAACAUAUACAAUUUCUCCAUCUAUAGCAAUACAAUUAAUUUGUACACAUACAAUACACUUCAUCAUCACUAUACAUUUAUUGUCUUUUGAUAUAGAUUAUAAUUAUUAUAAUCUAAUACUAUUAUAAAUAUUUUACUGCUUGUAUCAAAUUUACGUACGUUUAAUGAUAUGACUCAUGCAAAAUGUAAACUAC